UUCUUAUUCGCUACUGAAUUCUGAUGAUUUCAUCUCGGAUUCACCACUUUUUCUUGCGGCUCCACCCGUUUCGUAAACCCUGAUAGGUUGUAAACGUGACCCAGCCCUGCGAGGUACAAAGUGUAAACAAACAGUCGAGGUCUGCUCCGAAUAUAAGCUCAUUACCAUUGAUUCGGUUGGCCGGCAUUUUACCACAAAAUCGAACGACAGGAUUUUUGCAGUUCGAUACAAGAUUUAUUCACUUGUAUCGUUGCAGCUUGAGUAUCAAACAUGGGCCUUCUCUCUCUUGGUUCACCCUUGCCAUGGUCUGAAACAAAACAGUACGCAGAUCAUGUUCGGAAACACGGUAUACUGCAGUUCCUCCACAUCUACAACAAGCUGAAAGAUCGCGAGAACGACUGCUUAAAGUGGGGAGACGAGGUGGAAUACACAUUGCUGAAGUUUGACCAUGAAAACAAGAAGGUUUAUAACAAUCUGAAGGCAAAGGAAAUGCUAGAUGUUUUAACGCUUGAGGAAUUAAAAAAUCCCAGCACCAACAAGACUGCUUGGAGACCUGAGUAUGCUGGUUAUAUGGUUGAAGGAACACCUGGUCAGCCACUUGGUGGAUGCAUGAGGCACUUCAACAUGAUUGAAGCAAAUAUGAAACUGAGACGUGAAGAAAUCCAGAAAAAUUUGACUGAACCGGGCGAGACUGUGCUGUCAAUUUGUGCAUUUCCCAGACUGGGAUGUCCCAACUUUACUUUUCCAAACUUUGAACCCACCCCAGUUGGAGGAACUUCCUGUUCACUGUUCUUUCCUGACCAGGCAAUUUACCAGGGACAUCCAAGGUUCAGCACUCUCACCAGGAAUAUUCGAGAACGAAGGGGUUCAAAAGUUGCAAUCAAUAUUCCAGUCUUUAAGGAUGUGAACACUCCGUCACCAUUCAUUGAGAAGUUUCCCGAUGUCGAAGGUGAAGGUGCCAAGGCCGCCUUGCCAGAUCACAUCUAUGUGGACAGCAUGGGAUUCGGCAUGGGAAUGUGCUGUCUUCAGAUGACUUUCCAAGCGUGCAGUAUCAGCGAGGCAAGAAAUCUGUAUGAUCAGCUGGCAGUGGUCACUCCUAUAGUUAUGGCGCUGUCUGCAGGCACCCCAAUACUUCGCGGAUACCUCGCAGAUCUUGAUUGCCGCUGGAGUGUAAUUUCAGGCGCAGUGGAUGAUCGUACACCCGAGGAGAGGGGACUGGAGCCUUUGAAGGAAAACAGGUUUGUCAUCCCCAAGUCGCGAUAUGACUCCAUCAGUACAUACCUGUCACCAGAGGGAAUUAAGUACAGUGACAUUGACUUGGUGUACGACAAUGAGAUUUAUCAGCAGCUCGUGGAUGCUGGUAUCGAUGAACAGUUGGCUCGCCAUUAUGCGCAUUUAUUCAUCCGGGAUCCUUUGACCUUGUUUCAUGAGCACAUCUAUGAAGACGAUGAGCAGAACACGGAUCACUUUGAGAAUAUCCAGUCCACCAACUGGCAGACCAUGCGUUUUAAACCGCCUCCCCCUAACUCGUCCAUUGGCUGGAGAGUGGAAUUCAGACCCACUGAGGUACAACUGACAGACUUCGAGAAUGCCGCCUAUGUAACCUUCAUUGUGCUUCUCACGCGAGUCAUUUUGUCAUUUGACCUCAAUCUGCUUAUUCCCUUAUCCAAGGUUGACGAGAACAUGAUAACCGCUCAGCAAAGAGAUGCUGCUCGUCAGGGAAAGUUCCACUUCAGGAAAACUUUGAAGAGAUGUCCCACUGUGACAAAUGGAGACGUCCAAAAUGGUGAUUCAGAUUGCGACGGGUUCGAGCUGAUGACGAUUGACAAAAUCAUCAACGGCAAGGAUGGUGAAUUUCCCGGACUCAUACCGCUGAUCGAAAGUUACCUUGGCAACGUGGAUGUCGACAUUGACACACGAUGCACCAUUUCCCAAUAUUUGAAACUUAUUUCGAGGAGAGCUUCAGGUGAGCUGCUGACUACAGCGCAGUGGGUUCGCAGAUUUGUCGACGAGCACCCCGAUUACAAGAAAGAUUCGGUUGUUAGUGAAACGAUUUGUUACGAUCUAAUGAACACUUUUGAUCGUAUUAGUCGGGGAGAAGUCGGCGCACCGCAACUCUUUGGAAAACCCACAUCGAAAACGAGCGAUGUGUUGCUGAAGAAAUGCUUGGAAAUUAAGGAAGAGAUGCGGAAAAUAGAGGCUGGAAAAUAAGUGAGAUGAUUCACUCACCAAUGCAAAUACUGUGCUGUAUAUAAAUCAUAUUUUGAAAACUAUCAACUGAGCCUUCGAUUGUCAUGUUUUAGUCAGUGUAUACACUACAUGUAAGUAAGAUAAUGUGUCUUUGACUAGUAAGUCCACAUCUCGUCUGAACAGACGAUUCUUCCUGGAUGGUGGUAGGACUGUCAAAGUUUCUUCGUAAAUACUUUACUAGAUAGCAAUUACAGUAUCAUACGUGAAAGUAAUAGUUCCAAGUUAAAAUAUUAAUUCUCGUUACUUACCAUUGCGGAUUUCAAGAUAAAUUAUGAGAAUUUAGUUGAAGAUGUAAAGAAUAUUCUCUAGUUAAUAUAGUUUUCUUUUAUACUUUUUAUUACCUGUCGGGUGGUAAAGGCAAUCAGCUGUUGAUUACUUGAGAAAUGAAAGAAUUAAUAGCAAACUGAAGUUGCCUUGGAACUGAGAAGAGAGCGAGCUCGUCACAUGUAGUUUUAUCUGUGCUUGGAAACGGUCCUAUUUGCUACACUCGGUGCAAUCGUGAGAACUUGUUAUAGUUCUGCAGAACAAACUAUAGGUUGCGCUUAACGAAAAAAAAAAAGCUAUACCGAUAAUCAGUCACAAACGAAAGCAAAAAUCAUGUGAAGCUGUCAGUUGGGUAGAGGUAUGCAUGUUCGUGAAGGAUCGCAGCUUUUAAAUGAUUUCGGAGAGGUUAUUUCUUUUGGUUAAUCUGUCAGGGUCCAUUUGAGAUACUCGUAGGCUUUGCUUUCAGAGUCUCGCUACAGUCUCCGUAUUUCUUUUGUUCUUGUUUUGAUAUUUUUUGCUAAUCGAAGAUACAUGUGUCACACAACAUUAUCUGGUUUUGGUUGUUUUGUUUGUUUGUUUUGCGGUGGCUUGUGAUUGCUUAUCAUUAUUAUUAUUAUUAUUUUUCAUUUUGGUAUUUAUUAAUUGAGUAAAUACACACAAUACAUAACAUUUUUACCAAUUUAUAAACAGGCAACUAUUCAUGCAAGAAAUUGACAAAACAUCCAUUUAACCAGGUGUGAAAUCAUAAACACUUAUUCCAUGCGGUUUGUCGUGAUAUUUGGUGUCUCAUUUAGUGUUAUAACAUUUGGCGACCUUAUGAUUAUACAUUGUAGCAACGAACUUAGAACGGAACUCAGAACAGAGAUUUCAUUCGUUGGUUAAUGCUAUAUAAAAGCUAUGCGAUCGUACCACAGAUCGAGACUUCAGUGUAUAAUAAUUAGAAAAUAGUUAUCAUUCACAUGGCAUGUAAAAACAUGGUUGUCCCUACUACCGUCACAUAAAGGUGUGGAUUGUAAUAAGACAUGAGUUCUAGGCUAGAUUUCGUAUUAGUAAUAAAGUCGUAGUUGAUUUAUUUUGCGCCA